AGGAUGAAUGGCAUUUUCGUAACUCCAUCGGAGUCGCCUGCGCUCGUGAUUGGCUGAAUCAGUUAAUUGAGACGAAUUCGUUUUAUCAACACAGGGGUUAACCAUACCGAAGCUGAGUCAAGCAUGUUAAAGGGACUCACUUGCCUUUGAUUUAAGCGGAUGGUGUCGCGUUAAUUCCCGAUGUAACGACGUAACGUGUCGCCAUGUCGUGUGAUUCAUCGCGAUGCGUCUAAAUAAAUAUCGACGUGAAGAGAACGUGAAGAGAAAGGAGGAAAAGAAAAAUAUAUAUAUAUACGAAAUAAUAUACGUAACGCUGCGUAAUUUUGCCUUUAUGUUCUCAGCACCUGUGUUGCAAUUCCCGCUCUCAUAUAUAUUUGUGCCUUCGAUAAAAAUGGCUCUAACGAUGUCGACCUUUCUGUAUUUCUAUAUUUGCAAUAGUUUCUAAUCCGCGGCUUCUGAGAUACGGACAGACUGAUUAUAUGAUUAGAAAUGUUUGCGAAGAAAUUGUGGCCUCCGAUGGAAACUGAGGGAAAAAUUCAGGAUCUAAUGACAUCUCGUGGAAAUAUCAAGGUUUCCGUUCGCGCGCGCGCGCGCAGAAAAAAAAACCACUCGUCGUCUCCGCUCACGGUCGUAAUUACACGAUUUUUUUCGCGACAACGCAUUGUACGCGUCGCACCGUCGUAAAAUCGAUCGGCGUUGAAUUUCCACGGUGGGAAAUUCCCACGUUUCAGGAAAAGCCGGAAGACGUCGUAUUCGAUUUCGGGCCGUUCCCUCGCACCGUUCUCGCAAUCGCGGGAGCUCACAAUGCGACGCUUUUCCGCGAUAACGUCGUGAAAUCGUGAGCCGUUCGGGCGGGAACAAAGAGGCUCUUCAUCCCGCUUUCAGGAAAUCCACGGUUCGCGAACUACCAGCCGCCGUUAAAUUCCCGACCGCGAUCAAAAUAUCGCCGUUUCAGAAAAUACACUCUCUUACAGCGCGCGCACGCUGAGGAUUAAAAUUACACGGCGUUAUUAUUACGUAACUGCCCACCUCUUCACUAUAAAUUCUCAAUAAAAUCCAGACGGUCGGAACGAAGGAUCGCGAGGCGUAAUCAUCGCGAGCGAACGAUCGUCUGAAAUCGAAGCGCGAUGAGUUAUCCGGAAUCCUACUUGAAUUAUCGAGAGUGCAACGAAAUUACGCGUUGGACGAGCUCAGAAGACGCAUCGUUAAAUGAUCGGUGAAUUGGGAGAACGGGUCGUCUAAAACGUCGGCAUUUUCCCGCGCAAUAAUCGGCAGUGGCUUAGCGGAAGAAACGUGGCGGUCGAAAGUGUCGCGCAAUCAUGACCUGCAUCUCGCCGACUCGUAAUUCCGUUAAAUUUUACACUUCGGAUGUUCGGUGAUAGAAUCGUAUCAGUUUACACCCGUCGUUACCGAGAAGGUGGCAUUUGGAAGCAAUUAAUCAGCGUCGUUAAUACGGCGGAGCAGCAGAUAUCUGACCGACUGCGAACAGCCUGCGUAAAGCACGAGCGGAGUUUCUCGGGAUUUAUCGGUGUGUUAUUCCGCACGCGCGGGACAUUUUCCUCCUUUAAAACCCACGUAGUCCAGAAAGAGAGAGAGAAAAAGGAGGAAGAUAGAAAUUAUACGGAAGAGACGCAGGGAAUGCCAGAUCGUCUCAGCCGGAUACAAUCGCUCAUCCAAGCUUAACAUUUCUUUUUACAAUCGACCGUUCUCCCGUCGAUUCUUAUUUUCUCUUUUUAAAUCGCCCAUCCCUACUCGCGAACGAUGACAGCGGCACGUGUGGCAUGGCGAGUCACGUAACUGUUAGUAACGCCGAGCGAGCGUCGCGCGUCUGCUGAUAGUCGAAAACUCGCGUGGACUGACUGAAAAAGCGGCACGAUGAAGGAGGAGACCGUUCUGAGCCUCAAGUGGCAGAGUUUCCCAUCGCAUUUGGCGGUUUCGCUCGACACCUGCUAUGAGAAACAGCAAUUCGUCGACCUGUCGUUGGUGUGCAAGGACGGCACGAUACUCAAGUGUCACAAAAUGGUACUGGCCAACUCGAGCAGCUUCUUCCGCCGGCUGCUCGUGGCCAACGACCAUCCGCAUCCGAUGAUUAUUCUGCACGACAUCGAGGCGGACGACCUCAAGACCAUCGUCAACUUCAUGUACUGCGGCGAGAUACAAGUGGUGCAGAGCGAGGUUAGACGGCUGCUCAAGCUCGCCGAAAUCCUCGAGGUCACCGGGCUACGGCAUAUCCAGACCUCGGUGUUGGUCGGCGAGUCGAAUCACGCGAGCACCGGCGAGUCUUCGAAAAAGGCCGCCACAGUGUCACGGCUUAAAAUAGAGGAGACUAGGAGCCUGUCCGGCAGGAGCAACACCGAGGCCCACGAGAUAACCACGAGAUCGCAGACUAAGGUAGCCACUCAGGCGAGAUUCACCGCGCAUUCCUCGAUGCACAAGAUCACCCCCAAAGGGGCUAUGCCCCAGGACAACCCGACGGUCAGGAAGAACGAGGAGAUCAGUAUAAAUGCGUUGAGUCAACGACUGGAGACUGGCAAUUCCGGCAUCAGCAUUGUAGAUAUUAACGACCUACCGAGCACCAGCAAAGGGCUGCCACAAUCCUCCCAGAAGCGGAAAGAGCCCACGGAUCCCAUCAUCAGCUGGCCCACCAUAUUGUCUGCGAUUUCCAAGGAUAAACCGUUACCCCUGAAGAAAUUGUGCAUCAUGGACGAGGUGGAGAUCACGGCAGGGAAACUCCCGGUGCCAAUACAGGACAAUAAGCAGGACGAGCCACUGGACAGGAGGAAAGUCAAGAAUAGCGCCUCUUUUGAUCAUGGUAUGAAGUACGCAGUCUACAUCAAGGAUGAAGUUGAUCUACUGCCGGAUACUGAAGAGGACGUCGACAUGGAUCCCUUGGAGAUUGACGAGAUCGACAACGACAACUCGGAGAGUAGCAAAACACCCACGCAAAUGUUCCAUUACACCCGCCGCUCCAGCAGAAAUGUUUAAGAAGAGUGUGGAGGUCGAUGCUAGAAAACGGGCGGAAGAUCGCAAAGUCAG